GCACCCUAUUUGGACAGAAUUCCCGAAGAAACUGGCAGCGAGACUUCUUCCAUAACAACCGAAGCCAGGGAAAUACUCAGAUCCUCAGACGGUCACAGCAGACGGAACCUUACCGGCAUCGUCCCAGGCCAAGCUGGAGCAAUGACUUGCAGAGCAACCGGGCAACCCCGCCCCGGGGAUUCCUCCUCUUACCUGAACCAAGACCCGGUGCCCACGCACAUCAUGUCCACGGAUCCAUUGCCCAGUGUGCCCCUGCCGCAUCGGUCAGGGUUCCUGGGCACGUAUUCGGCCCCAAUGCCGCAGCCAGACAACACGCUUAUGGUGCUCCGCAAGGCCAAAGAGGCCCUGGAGAAAAAGCUGCUGGAGGAACACCAGCGACUACAAAGGGAGGCUGAAAAAGCCAAAAACUCGACGGAAGAGAUCCAAGCAGCGGACAACUCGUCAGCCGCGAGUUCCCGCACUUGCACUUCCUGGGGCACAGCGACGGACGCGUUCUCGUCAGCCGGCCGUUGUGCUGACGCGGAAGUGUCGACGUCGGACGACGGCGGGAGCAGCGCUCGUCAGCAGCCCUUCCAGCUCCAGCAACGUCAUCAACUCCGCGUCGCUCAGGACUCCGAGUCCACUGCCAGCUCCAACAACGGAGACGCGGCGAGAGUCGUGUCUGCCAUUGUGCACACUGAACAACACCAUUGCGGCACUGUCGGGACGACGACGGGUUUCGACAUGGAGGACCCCACUUCCAUUCAGUCGCUGCUCAGUACCCAGCAUCCCAAGCAGGACUUUGAGCUGUAUCAACAGGCGAAACUGCACGCCAUUCCACCCAUCCCGCCGGCACAAAACGGACAGNAUAUAGCCAAAAACUCGACGGAAGAGAUCCAAGCAGCGGACAACUCGUCAGCCGCGAGUUCCCGCACUUGCACUUCCUGGGGCACAGCGACGGACGCGUUCUCGUCAGCCGGCCGUUGUGCUGACGCGGAAGUGUCGACGUCGGACGACGGCGGGAGCAGCGCUCGUCAGCAGCCCUUCCAGCUCCAGCAACGUCAUCAACUCCGCGUCGCUCAGGACUCCGAGUCCACUGCCAGCUCCAACAACGGAGACGCGGCGAGAGUCGUGUCUGCCAUUGUGCACACUGAACAACACCAUUGCGGCACUGUCGGGACGACGACGGGUUUCGACAUGGAGGACCCCACUUCCAUUCAGUCGCUGCUCAGUACCCAGCAUCCCAAGCAGGACUUUGAGCUGUAUCAACAGGCGAAACUGCACGCCAUUCCACCCAUCCCGCCGGCACAAGAAUCUCCAUUGCACUCGACUGCUGCCAGCAGCUUGGACACCACGAAAGCUCUGAGCGGGGCAUUCGCGCCAUGCUCGUCACAGAACGCCCUGGACAACAGCACAGAACGGACAGUCGAAGAAACCACGUUGUCUCAGGUGCUGCUUCAAACAACAGACCCUACUUCCGUCACGGAAUCCCCGCAAACAGCAGUGCAAGACACCCCGAAACGACUCCGUUUCGCAGAAACCGAAAAGACUUCGUCAUCGGCUGAUAACCGCUCCAGACUCCGGGCAGAGGCGCCGCCGCCACUGACGCUGCAAUGCGUUCCUGUUGCUAUCGACGGGGACGACGAGAUCAAGUUCAUCGAUGAUUCAUCGAGUGAAGAAGUGGGGACACCAGUGCCGAUGGCGGAUAAGCUGGAGGAGAUUAAAGCGGAAUUCCUGCGUCGAGCUGCGGAUCCGAAUAUUCGUAGGGUUCUGCCAACUGAUCCCACCUUGAGUUAUGACGAUAUCAAGCCGAUGGAUGACACGGAUUUCCUGCUGUCGAGUUUGCUGGGGGACGAGGAAUUUGUCGGCGUGCCACCGCUGCCGGAUGAGUUGUCAGAGCCGGACUUAAAUGUCUCCGACAUAGUAUCAGUACCACCACCGCCUCCCCGUUACAGCGAAAGCGACCUGGAACUGAACAAAACGUUGAGCAAGUACGGGGGUUUGCCCUCUUAUCCACUCCCAGUGUCCGACACACCCACGUCCAAAGAUGCACCUGAAAGCCUGUCAUCUACGUCAGUUGAAACCGUGAAACGGGACGAAGAGAAAAUGGAGAUUCCGUUGUCAAAGGACGAUGGGACAGUGGUUGAGAAGCAAGAACCGGGUUCACCCAAAGGGGAUCGGACGGUCUUGGGAUCUCUGCCAGUUUUUGGAUCUCCACUCAACGUCGGGACUGUGUCCAGCGUUGUUGAAAGCCAUGAUGCCACCCCCAGGGACAAGAAGGACGUAUUUGGAAGCAGCGAGGCAUUUUCGGAGCCAUUUUUGUCGACGGACGGGAUCAAGUCGUCGACACCGUCCUCAUCUCGGAAGCGCAGCGGACGAUCGUCGAGUCAAAAGGACCGCGAUCGUCAUCGGAGCUCGUCACGUCGCAAGCGGGAAUCUUGUCGGACUGAGACUGUCAACACUCCUGUCAAACCUGCCGACAUUUGCCCUUGGGAGAACGAGUGA